UGUCAGCUGUGCUCAGAAUGUUCGUCUGGACAACCCAAACCAACCUCUUGGGAGCCGAUGUGCGAUCUCCACACCCUACAGUAGUCAGAACAUGGAGAACUUCUCACUCCUCAGCAUUUCUGGACCUCGAAUCUCCUCCUCAGCCCUGAGUGCUUUUCCUGACAUUAUGUCCUCACGUGCCACCAGCUUGCCAGACAUCGCAAAGAGCGCACCACCCCCCGAGGCGUCCAACGCGGCUCAGGCCCCGCCAGCCCGGUACCGCGGCAGCGUGCUCCGGCACGGGGUGCAGAACACGCUCUCCUCUCCAGACUGCAUUUUGGGGGACUCCCAGAAGGGAGAGCAGCUGAGGCGGAACUGCACCAUCUACCGGCCCUGGUUCUCCCCUUACAGCUACUUCGUCUGCACGGACCAGGAGAGCCACCUGGAGGCCUAUAGCUUCGCAGAGGUGCAGCGGGACGAGGGCAGGGGCGACAGCUGCAGCCCCGAGGACCUGGCUGAGAGCAUCUGCUCGUCCUCUUCCUCCCCAGAGAACACCUGCCCCCGAGAGGUCAGCCCCAAAUCCAGGCACAGCCUGGUCCCCGCCGACCACAUCACGUCCCAGGACAUCCUCACGGCCUCCAAGUGGCACCCGGCCCAGCAGAGUGGCUACAAGUGCGUGGCCUGCUGCCGCAUGUACCCCACUCUGCACUCCCUCAAGAGCCACAUAAAGGGGGGCUUCAGGGAGGGCUUCAGCUGCAAGGUGUACUACUGCAAGCUCAAAACCCUCUGGGGCAAGGAGCAUAAGGCCCGGCUGGGGGACAGGCUGUCCUCGGGCAGCUGCCAGGCUCUCAAGUAGCCCCGCGGGGGGCUGGGGCGGCUGCCUUGUCGCGGACCCCUCAGGGAAACGGGGUGGAGCCUUCUCCAGAGAGACAUCAAUAAACCAAAGUUAGUCACA